AGAAACUGACCACAGCUCAGGACUCACAACAAUUCAGAGGAUUCCAGACGGACCCGAUUUAAGUAAUGGAUAUAAUGUCUGUGUUCUGGGAAAGUUUUGGAGCUUGAAAAUGACUUUAGGUGACUAAAGAUGAUCUUUGGAGUUUGAAGUUAAUUUUCUGGGGGUUUGAAAAUGAUAAUCUAGAGUUUGAAGAUGAAUAUUUGGAGUUUCAAGAUAAUCUCUGACAUUUGAAGAUGACAUUUUAGAAUUUGAAGAUGAUUUCUGGAGUUUAAAGAUGGUAAUUUGGAGUUUUAAGAUGGUAAUUUGGAGUUUUAAGAUGUUUUUUGGUGUUUGAAAAUGAUUAUUUGGAGUUUGAGAAUGACUUCUAGAGCUUAAAGAUGAUUUUUGGAGUUUUAGGAUAACUGUCGGUAGUCUGGAUGUUGGAGUUUUACGCAGCAGCCCUGGAGCUGUUAGGAUAGUGGAGAGCUGCUUUAACUCUGAGUGGAGAAGUUAAAAUCAGGUGUUUGAGGUUCAUCUUCACGUCGUUAAGUUCUGAGUGUAACUAUGCUCAGUUUUAAAGGAAACAGUAUUGUAAAUACAGAAAACAACUCAAACCCAAAGCUUUUAUUACACAGAUAGGUUUACGGUGUUACAACGUCCAGUGUCUGCAUCUGAGUGGUCAGAUCUGACGGUCAGUAUGUAUAAAUAAUAAUAACUGACUGAUCUGCGUGCAGUAAAACUCAAAUACCCACAGCGCAUUUCACUGGACAACAGCUGGACCUUUUUUCUCUUGUUGGCGCGGUUAUUGCUGCCUCUGUAGUGCAGUAUGGGUCUGUACGGGCUGUUAUGGUCAGUGCUGCUGAUGGUGCUGGUGUCCAGCUUGGUUCCUGUGGGCAGUGAUGCAGGUCCAGUUCUUGAUGGGGUCACUCAGACAGAGACCCCCAGGGCCCCUCAUACACCCCCACACACACACCCAGAGGGGCCUGGCGGUCCGCACACACACAGCCGUGCCUUCCCCGUCCUCACCUUCCAGUUCGAGACCGUGCGGAGACCCUUCGAGAUCUCGCUGUGGAUUCUUCUGGCGUCCCUGCUGAAGCUGGGCUUCCAUGUGAUCCCUCACUUCUCCAGCGUGGUUCCCGAGAGCUGUGUGCUGAUCGUGGUGGGGCUGUUGGUGGGGGCUUUAAUAAAGCUGCUGGGGGAGACCCUGCCUGUGCUGGACACUCAGCUCUUCUUCCUCGUCCUGCUGCCGCCCAUCAUCCUGGACGCAGGGUAUUUCCUGCCUAUCCGGCCCUUCAGCGAGAACGUGGGCACCAUCCUGGUGUUCGCGGUGGUGGGGACGGUGUGGAACUCCUUCUUUAUGGGUGUGGUGCUGUACGGGGUGUGUGUGGUUGAGGGGUCCGAGCUGGCCGGAGUGGGCCUGUUGGCCUGCCUGCUCUUUGGCUCCAUCGCCUCCGCCGUUGACCCCGUGGCUGUCCUCGCCGUCUUCGAGGAGAUCCACAUCCACGAGCUCCUGCACAUCCUGGUGUUCGGAGAGUCACUGCUCAAUGAUGCUGUCACUGUGGUGCUGUACCACCUGUUUGAGGAGUUUGCGACUCUGGGCGAGGUGACUGUGAUUGACGUCUUCCUGGGUGUGCUGUGUUUCUUCGUGGUGGCGUUGGGGGGUGUUUUGGUGGGGGCGGUUUUCGGGCUGCUGGCGGCCUUCACCUCCCGCUUCACCUCUCACACUCGCGUCAUCGAGCCGCUCUUCGUCUUCCUGUACAGCUACAUGGCCUACCUGUCCGCUGAGGUGUUCCACCUGUCGGGCAUCAUGGCGCUGAUUGCGUGUGGGGUGGUGAUGCGUCCCUACGUGGAGGCCAACAUUUCCCAUAAGUCCUACACCACCAUUAAGUACUUCCUGAAGAUGUGGAGCAGCGUGAGUGAAACGCUCAUCUUCAUCUUCCUCGGAGCGUCCACUGUAGCCGGAACGCAUGCGUGGAACUGGACCUUCGUCAUAGCAACCAUCAUCCUCUGCCUCGUCUCGCGUGUGCUCGGAGUGGUGGGACUGACCUACAUCCUCAAUAAGUUCCGCAUGGUGAAGCUGACGGGUAAAGACCAGUUUAUCGUGGCCUAUGGUGGCCUGCGAGGGGCUAUCGCCUUCUCUCUGUCCUUCCUUCUGUCCAGCAAACAUUUCCCCAUGAAGAACAUGUUCCUCACCGCAAUCAUCACAGUUGUCUUCUUCACUGUGUUUGUACAGGGCAUGACCAUUCGACCACUGGUUGACCUUCUGGCUGUGAAGAAGAAAAAACAGACGAAGUCUACAAUAAACGAAGAGAUACACACACAGGUUCUUGAGCAUCUGCUCGUGGGCAUCGAGGGCGUCUGUGGUCACUAUGGUCACCAUCACUGGAGGGAUAAGCUGGAUCGGUUUAAUAAGGACUAUCUGAGGCGCUGGCUGAUAGCGGGGGCGCGAUCUCAGGAGCCGCAGCUGAUCUCCUUCUAUAAUAAGCUGGAGCUGGAGCAGGCGCUCCGGGUGGCCGAGAGGGGCAGUGCAGCCAGACUGACCCCAGCGCUGCCCCCUACUGCAUCCUUACUUGCUGAGUCCCAGAAGCGGAGUAGGACCAUGAUGAAGAUCUCUAAAGAGAGAGAGGAGGAAAUCCGGAAGAUUCUCAGAGCAAAUCUGCAGAAAACACGCCAGAGGCUGCGUUCGUACAGCAGACACACACUUGUCCUGGAGGGUGAAGAGGACAACUGGACUGAAGCGAAACUCCGGAGACAAAGAGUGGAGAUGGGGAGGAGGAUGAGUCAUUAUUUGACCGUUCCGGCUAAUCGGCAGGACUCACCCCCGAUGAGGAGAGCAAAGUUUGAGUCAGAUAACCAGGUGUACACGUCCAAACCCAGCGCAGUGGUCAGCAUACCCGCCAUUAGCGUGGAGCCGGUUCCUCCUGCAGACUCAGCGGAGAAGCUGAAAGAGGGUCCACAGCGGACUGUAGAGGGCGCUAUGAGGACUGGCAGUGGGAAAGGGCGCAAACUCAGUGUCACGUUCGCUCUGAAUGUGGAGGAGCAGAAGCUUCCUCGCUGUCUGAGUGACCCGGGGCCAAAUAAGAUCGAUGAGGAGGAUGAAGAGUGCAGCAGAGGGUGGGAGGAGGUGUGAAACAUUCAGACAGUGCACCAACUCUGAGCACGGCUGAGCACUUAACUAAGGUUUUAUACCUUUAAUGACUUUCUCUUAGAGGGCAAUUCCACCAAAACUUCAAAAUUUCUGAAUAAUUCAACUGAUAUUUUGUUUUUAAUUAAAGUUUUAAAUUGAUUUUUUUUUAUGCAGUCACAACCAUCCAUUCAUCCUACGGCAGUUUAGCCCCACCCAUUCAGCCUACAUUAGUUUAGCCCUGCCCAUUCAGCCUAAAAAAGAUUAUCAUCCGGUUUUAUCCAACUCAGAUCAAGACUCUGAAUGAAACAAUCAAAGCAACAGAAAAAUAACAAACAGAAAUGCUCAGAAUCUGUGUACGAUUUCAGGAACAGUGUGUUAGUUCUGAGUGAAGUGUAUUGAGUGACUGAUGAGAAUAAUGACGGCAUUAUUAAAAAUGUAAUGUUUGUAAUUUGUUCUGAAUUAAAACAUUUGACUGGAUUUUCCUUCAUAUUUUUAUUCUGUAUAUUUAUUCUAAUAACACUGUAUAGAACAACAUUUCAAACCCACACAUUUGAAAUUCAGAUUUAACAAGUAAAACUUUAAAGUUUUAAGUUAAAAUUUAAACUGCUAAGUUAAAAUUCUGACUGUUACGUGUUUGAAGUGAUUUCAUACUAAUUCAUUAAAUUUUUAGGUAAACAACAAUAAAUAGGUAAAAAUGAAUUCAACUUUGACG